AUGAGGAACAAAAUCACUGAGCUCCAGACGGAGAAAGAAGCGGGCAUGGUGAUGGGGACGAAUGGAAGUAGUAUCGUCUCCAAACGUAGCGUUGAGCGAAUAUACUACAAGGAACCUCACUUCUUUCGGCAUUUUGUCAAGUCUUCCCCACGCAGAGCUCCCUUGAUAAACCGGGGGUAUUGGUUGCGAAUGUUUGCUAUUGAGCAUACUGUUACAGGGUUCCUCAAAGAGGUGACAGGACGCCCAAAACUGGUCAUUAAUUUUGGAUGUGGAUUUGACCCAUUAGUUUUUCAAUUACUUUCUCAGAAUCCAAGUCUAUGUGAAGAUACCAUAUUUGUUGAGAUUGAUCACCGCAAAAUGAUGCUGGAAAAAUGGGAAGCCAUACAAAGAAGCCCUGAGCUCAGGGAGCUUAUCCCUGACGCAGUUUCAUCGAGUGUGGGUGGUCCUGUUAUCCGUGCCAAACAGUAUAUUGGAAUUGGAUGCGAUCUUGGAAACCUUUCAGAGUUGGAACGAAUGCUAAAAUCUGAAGUGGACACAUCUGAAUACUCCAUACUGUGCACUGCUGAGGUAGCUUUAACUUAUAUGGCAGUCAAGGCCGCCGAUGCUUUAAUAUCAUGGGCUGCGAGACUGGGUAAUGAUACCCAAUUUGGGUUGUUGGAGCAGUUCUUCCCAGAUGGCCCUGACCAUCCCUUUGCAAGAACCAUGGUAGCGCAUUUCACCAAAUGGCGUGCUCCGAUUCAGUCAAUUCAUAAAUAUCCCACAUUAACCCAGCAGGAGCAGCGAUUCCUCAAAGUGGGCUGGAAGCAAGCAAGAGCUAGAAGCUUGUGGGAAGCUUGGAGUGACCCCAGUUUCAUAGACGCUGAAACACGAGCAUCUCUUGACCAGUUUGAAGCUUUUGAUGAGUGGGAAGAGAUUGCUUUGUUUGCUUCACACUAUUUCUUGCUCAGAGCUAGUACGCGGGCGACAGCAAGCAAUAGCAAUGACGAAGCGAUCAUUAAUACAACUACAGAACUGUUGGAUACUCAACCCCGGAUGACUGCUAAUUUUACAGCAGGUCCAACCCAUCACAAGCGAUUUGGAGCCUUAUUUUCUUUUGGUGAUCAAAUUGGUUUUCAUGCGGGGUUGGGACAACAAGCUCGUCUUUCGUCUACUGAUACAUAUGUGCAAUCAGAUGCCGCGUAUGCUGCCGUAAAAUGUGUACCACCAGAGUCACUCCCAGCACGGGUAUGCCAUAGCAUAACGCAGAUGUCGAAUAACAGAUAUCUAUUAGUUGGGGGUAGAACCGCACCGUCAAAGGCCUUAAAUGAUACCUGGUUAAUGGAAGGGGAUACGUGGCGACAAUCAUGUCCCUUUCCAACUGCAUCCUUUCGACACUCUGCAACUGCUAUUAUGCUUCCUACCGGCGAAGAAGGUGUCCUUGUCUACGGCGGAAAAUCGUCGAAUGGCACUGUUAGUGGGGAAUUUUUCCUGUGGAGAAACAACAGCGGCAUAGAAACUUGGACAGUAUUAUCGAAAAAUGGUGGCUCUUGCAUGCCGCGCUUCGGAUCUGUCAUGUCUAGCAUUGGUAAGGGGAGAGGAGUCCUUACUGGAGGAAUGUCUCAAGAUGGCUUAGUGCUAGAUGAUUUUUGGACAUGGCAGAUAUUCACUGAUGAUACUGGGGAUAUAUAUAUCCGAUUAACAGAUGAGAAGGCUCGACUGGAAGGUUUUCAUCCACAAAUAUCCAAAUGGGUUAGUCGUUUUGGUUCCACGGCGCAUCGACUUGGAGAGAGCCUUGUUCUCAUCGGAGGAAUUGCUGUUGAUGGGUGUAUACCACACGAGUAUGAAGUCUUAACCCUGGACCUCAGCGUCUUUGAGUACGAAGAUACCAGUGAAAUAUCUGUUCUGAUGUCCUGGAGAUCUCCUGUCCAUGCACGGCCGCUUUUGGUUGGCCACAGUUCCAUCCCGGUUGGAGGCGGCAGGAUCUUGAUCGUAGGUGGAGGAGCAGUGUGCUUUGCCUUUGGCACAUAUUGGAACAAUGGCACCUGGGUGUUAUCUUCUGGAAGCUCUUAUAUCAGGGAUAAUGAAUGGCGAAUGCUUCGACCAUCUACAGAUCCUUCUGUACCCAGAACAGUGGGGGAUGACCAACUAUCGAAGCUAGAGCAUUUCACUGCUAGCACUGGCAUUGGGAACUAA